AUGGACGAGGGGCUAGAGUCGACGAUCUUGGACGACGCUGUGGAAAGCUUCAUCGCCGCAGCGAGUGCUAUCGGAGCCUACACCUCUGCGCCUAUUGAUAAUACUACGCGGUCGGAAGUCCCACAAGCCGAGGCAGAUGUGUGGAGCACACGCGACGAUGAAGACGGCUGGAUGCCUCAGCCUGCGCGGCUGCACUCGGGCACGACGCGGUACUGUGCCGUUUGUUUUGCCCCUUUGCAAUACACGCCAGCCGCCAGUUGGGAUGAGUAUGUGCAGAGCGAGGAGUAUCUGGACCAGCUGCAGGCCAAUAUCCUACAGGAUGCUUUCAUCUCGUCUUUGAUUUGUGGAGAGAAUACGGCGGGUGAUCUGCCGACGGAGCAUAGAAUGCACAAGAAUAGAAAGCUCAAGUGCAGACAAAGUGUGACGGACUACGUAAAUAUGACGAGUGCAGGGGUUAUGGACACGUCCGGGAUGGAGAAAGGCUCGGUUAGAACGCUGGAGGAGAUGCUUGUUGAGGCACUGCCCACGCCAGUAUAUACGCACGUGCUGGAGCGACGACUAGCUGUGAUUUCACACAGUGUUAAGAUUGUUCGUGAGCUCAUGAGUCAUGGCAGAACGAAGAAGAUGCCGCGACCGGAGGAGAGAGCGCCGGGAAACGAAGAGUUACAUCAUUUGGCCAUCCAUACGUUGUCAGCGUUAUUGGGAGCUUUUGAUUACAAGAACCCGCAAGCCAUUCGGCCGUUCGAAGAACUAUCGCAGCUCUUGACGUGCUUCCCUGUGCUUUCGUUGUACACGUUCUGGAGUCCGAUGAAGAAACCACCGAAUACUGUAUUGACGUUGAACAAGAAAGCAGUGGAGGCGUCGUCGGUGGCAACGGGUUCUGACGCGCAUGAAUCACACUGUGCAGUAGAUGGGGUGGAUCACACAUACUGGGAAUCGGAAUCAAAUCCAGGAAUUGUGUAUUUUUCAGUGCGGACGACCGAGUUGGCGAAAGUGACCUCGGUCUCAAUUCAGUGGCGCAUGAAGUGCGUCCCGAAAACGGUUGGUCUUCAGUACCGUCUUGAGGAUAGUGAACGUUUUGUUGAAGUAGUUGAGGAUCACACGGUCUCGCUGUCUGGACCUACAGUGAUUGAAACGCAUUUUCCAGUUCGCUGUCGAGAGGCUCGAAUUGUCAUGGCGGGGGCUUCACCUCUGAGUGGUCGUGGAACAUAUGCGAUUGAACACUUGCGGCUCGGUAUGCGCGCGCCCAGCCCUCUUUUUACAGAUCCCGUGGUGACUAUUGGUACCGUUGCUGAUUGGCUCCUCGGCGCCUUGGAUAUUGUCGAUGAAGCCAUGAUUGCAGAAGCUUUGGGGGCACUAAGGGCAUGGGCAUUAUCGACAGCGUCACUGCACAUCACAUUGCUCUUUGCAGAUAUGCUACUGCAACUCCAUGGCGACGAAAAGAAACCCCUUUGGUCUCAGAUUGUGACACUUGCGUCAGAACAAGGCCAUCUCUUACGAAAGGGCAUCGACGCGUAUAGUCGGGAAAAAGCGCAGCGACUGGCGCACAAAGAAGUAAAGCUUGACUCCGAUGACGCGUGCAGAGUUGAUGCCUGUUUUGAGCCACUUGUCAGCUCUUCCGGUGUAGUGAUCGAACAGGAAGGUCUUGUCGUCAGGACUCGAGAAACAAGAUAUCAAUAUGCAGCUGUGAAUUGCGGGAUAUCUACUGGUAAGGCGUCGUGGAGAUUUCGUCUUGAUGCUGACACACAGGACGACGAAAUGACUUGCUUUGGCGCUGCUAUUCUUCCUGUGACUGUGAACGGGUAUGAUUCGUCACCCAGUUUAUGGAUGUUACGAGGGUAUAACGGCAACUUGUAUGCCCGCGGGCACAAGUUGAGCCGAACAAUUGGCAAAGUGCACCCUGGCAAUAUCGUUCAAGUUGAUGUCGACAUGAGUGAAGGCACUUUAGCGUACAAAAUCAACAGUACUGACUACGGUGUAGUGUUUACAGAUCUUGCUGGACACAAAGUAUAUCCUGCUGUCUCAUUUUACGGCUCGGGGAAGGUAGUGACGCUGUUGGAAGUUACAAAGUGGGGCCACUCUACCGACUCAGCUAACGCAAACCCAGUGUUUCUUUCGAGCAUGACAGAGUACCAAUAUUCUGUCGGGUUCGGAACUUUGGGGAAGGGCAGUCGGCUGGGAUGUGCCAAUAGUGGGGACUUAAAUACGUCUCUAGACAACGACUCGCCAACUUCAAGAAGCACUCUAGUUUACAUCAACGGCGAGGCUAAGCAGAGUUGCUUGUCAACAUGCCCACCUUUGCACGGUGACGCAUACGUAGUCUACGACUUGUCUGAAGCUUACUAUAUGAUCAGCGGUGCGGUCGCUAUAAACGACGAUACGCACGACGAAGAUUACCAUGAUCAUGGGGUUGCUUUGGUGUACGAGAUAUUUGGUGAUGCCAAGUUGCUGUGGCAGUCAAAGCGACUGUCUGAAAGCUUUCGCAUCGAGCAUUUUGAAGUCGAUGUGAAAAAUGUACGCAUGCUGGAGCUGAAGGUAUCGUGUCCAGGGUCUAAUCACCAUGCACACGCUGUCUGGGUCGACCUUUGUUUGCAUCCCGUUACAGAGUGGGUCUGCUCCGAGUGCUAUUCUGCUAACUACGGGUCCGCGAAAGAGUGCAUGGUGUGCAUGAAUGGAAGCCGCAACCAAGACUCGAACGUAGCUGACGAUGUCAUGGUUGAAGGAACAUCAAAAGGGCUAAUGCCGCUUGCUUCCAUCAAGGAUGGAUGUGUCGCUCAUGAUUCGGAAUCGCUCAGUGAGCUUGGGACCAUAAUUAUCGAGCAGAUCUACAACUUGUGUCAACAUGACUCGAAACCUGCUGCUUCCGUGAAGUCUAUUAUCGAGUUCGAGGAGCCAUUCUGCCGCCAACCGAGCAAGGAUGUGUUUCUCUUGUUGUUAGUUAUACUCCGGCACUAUCAUGGAUCCUUCACUCAUUGUGGAGUCGAUGCACGCCUAAGCGGCGGUGCAAAGCUUGCGCAUGAUGGUUGUGUGUAUGUUCUUGGAAUAAUCUGUGCCAACUUAGAUAGUAUCACACGUUACGACGUGAAUGAUCCUGCUGCAGAACUAGGUGUGUCGACAGACUUGAUUACAGGCCUGCAGGUCGAAUUGGAAGAAAUGGCGCGACUGCGCGGCGGUCCUCAGACGCUGACUAACGAUAUUGAAAAAGCCGCAGCUCAGACGAUUGUGACAGGCAUGCCCGUUCUGUAUCCUUCUCCAAUCGGAAAGCUGGCGCUGCUGCUUCAGUUGUUGCAAUUGUAUGUUUCUCGUGGAACGGACGUUACUCCAGCGUGUUGUUUCGUCUUGACAUCAGUGAUGGAGCUGCUCUCUACCUCAGGGCCGGAUGGAAUAUUGACGUUUAUGCCAUUUAUGGCAGCUCAAUCAGCCAGGCGGAGAGGAUCAAGAGUCAAGGAGAUCGACAAAGCGGCAUGGACCUCAGCAGUGACGAAAACGAUCAAGAUCAUCAUGCAAGUUGCAGUGGACGCACAAGAAAAGCAAUUUGCCGCAGACGCACAUUUGAGCUCAACCGAAGCAGGCUUGAGUCGUGAUAGUUUACCCGACGUCGCGAUUCGCCUUUUGAGGACAUAUCAACUUUGUCUACUUUCGGAAGCUGUCGAGUUGACGAAGGAUAUUACGAUCGAGAGCACUACGACUAACGUUCGGGAUGUAAACGAUUCGACAGCAACGCUUGAACGACGAUCUCAAGUUCAGGAAGCAAACAUUCAGCUUGGACUUCUUUCGUUGAACUCGUAUGCGGAUCUGAUUAGCAGCAUCGUUUCCCUCCAGGCGGAAGAAUCGUUUCUACUUCCCCGCAUGGCAGCGGUUCGUCGUGCCGGUGUUCGUUCGUACAAAAUCCCUUUGCUGUCGGAUGUGUUACCAUGGUUUGUAGCGUCUUUGUGUCUGAUGCGACGGCAAACUUGGCUUGCUCGACAGAUACUCCCGGCGGUGGUACGACUUCUUGAGGUGUUGGAUCACUUUUGUUCAGAAUCGCAGGCUGUGACUAAGUCGGCUCACCGAUUUCGAGAGCUGGAGAUCUAUAAAAAAGCGCGGCUGAUUGAAACACACGAGACUGAGCGCGCUUUUACGCUAGAGAAGAGCUCCAGUUGCCGGUCACACAAUACAAAACGGCUUUACAAUGUGUUUCAUCAGCUCUACACCGGCGAGAAAGACCAUUUCGAAGGUCAGAUUGGAUUUCAAUUUGAAGCAGUUAGCUCUUUUACAGUUGUCGCGCUAGGACGCUCUGUUAAUUCGAUUCGGCAUGGCGGGAGACUAAUACGUGAUCAUACCAUUCGAUUAUGGGAAGAAGAAUCGCAGCUUCUGGUUGCUCAAGUCUUAAUUGGGGGGAUUUCCAAAAAGGAUGCUUAUGGUUAUGCGUUCGAGAUGCUAUCGCAUCCUGUCAAAGUCACUCAGGGGAAGUUGUACCGGCUGACAACGCACGAGUUUGCAAAUGGUGGAGACCCAUGGUACAAAAGAGAAAAUGCGCUGGAUGAAGAGUAUGAUAAGUCUUUCAUCAAAAUUUUGCGGGAUUGCUACGCGUCCGGGUCUGCGGGAUUUCCUGGGUCUCAAAACAUGAUUGGUGCUGCGUACGGCGUCCCGACCUUCAUGGUUCAAGAUAAAGCCCCGCUGGCCAGCCUUCCGCAGUUUGUGCCUCCGCAUGGUUGCCUUUCGCUACAAUUUAACCCGAAGAGUAAGUUGAACUCGAUCUGCAUCAGCCACACAGGAACGUCCGCUUACGUGAAAGAUGACAACACCAACAUGUGGCGAACGUGUCUAUUGCGGACGGCUUUCCUUCAUGGAGUCCACUCUGUUGAUUUUACUCUGAAAUGCUUGCGUGCUGGAGGUACAGCAUCUGGACAUAUUUGCAUCGGAAUUAGUUGGCAGCAAGUACACGAAAAGCGCCACUCAAAAUUGCCGCAUUCUGCCUUCGAGAUGUUUAUGGGCAAAACGCCGACUAGUAUGGGGUGGAUGCCUUCUAUUGGCUCCGUUUGGAUAAGCGGGGUACGGUAUGAUUACGGACCUAAGCUUUCAGUUGCUGUGGGUGACAUAUUCACGCUGAAUGUCGACUACGACUUACAAUUGUUGUCGUUUGCAUAUAAUGGUAGAAGAUUGGGAGUGGCAGUCGGGCCCAAGGAGUUCAAACCGCUGGGAACAGCAAUUGAGGAGUUCCCUAAAAUAGUUUUUGCCGGCGUAUCGCUGUAUGGUUCCCAAGAUGCCGUUCAAGUGAGCCCGUCAGGAAUCGCGGAGUCAAGUCUUCAAAUUCACUCCCUUUUUGACUUACACAACUCUUUAGCUUCUCUCGCUGGUCGUAUCGCUAGCACCCUUAUUGCUGGGCAUCCAGUCGAUGAGAUGGAAGAAGAGCUGCUACCUUGGCUGCAGUCCUCACUGCUUAGUGGAGGUAUUGCUGAGUCUGAGACUAUGCAGGACCAGCCGUGCAAGGCUGGAUCGUUGCUCUGGAGUGAUGCACUUCAAGUCGAGUGUGCUCGUUACACGGCGAAGGACCACCCUUCUGAAUCAGGGGCCUCGACAGAUUUACCGCCGCACACGCUGCCAAAUGUUGGUAAGGACUCAUUUUCGCGCAACCAUAGUUCAGGAGGACGCACACAAUCAAGUGAAGAUCAGCACGUCUCUCUAUUCUGGAAAAACUGGACGUCGGAUAUGACCGAGCACGGAACCGUGCAAAUUAUCAUGUCAUGGCUAGAAAAGCACUACCCAGAUAGUACUUUAUUAAGUCGACUUGGACGAUUUCCGUCUUGCGAACGAUGGAUGUUUGCCGCAUUGGUAAUGCAUGCGCCAACUCAUGUUCUUCAAGAAGUGCAAGCGAUUGCUGUUGGCGCGGUAGCAAGUACGGAUGGCAAUAUCGUCGGGGCAGAUCCAUUUGGUGCUUACACGGAUCUCGCGCCAUCUGAUGAUUUAAUUUGUGUCUGGAAGCGGAUCAUGAUGUUACGUCAUUGGUUGAUCAAGGUUCGUCAAGGGUACCGCGCAAAAGAAGCAGACGAAUCCUUACUAUUCGAACCUGACUUUCCCGAAGAGAAGUCUCAAGAAUUCGUUGUGGAGCGAUCUGACGAUGCCGCUUUACUGAAACGGUUUAGUGGCAAAGCGAAUUUAGAGCGUAGCACAGUGGUCCCAAAAACUUUUGACGAGCACCUACAACGGAUGAUACAGCGAGCGGGUUUUUUGUGUCGAUUGGCACCACCGUCAGAGGAAGCAGAACGUCUGAAAGGGGAUUCGCACGUUGCACUCCUCAAGUUGGCCGAGAAGUGGAGUGCUCAAACGACAUUUCCAUCGUUACAACCUGUGCUUGAACGCUGGAAAGUGCUUGGCGAGGCGGACAGUUCCAAAUGGUCGGGAAUUGUAGAUAUAUUGCGUGCACAACAUCGCUGGAGAGCUCGACGAGCUUCAAUUCAAAGUCCUGUUUCUGCGAAAGCAGCGGAUGCUGGACCACAAAUCAGCACGAGUGAUGUCACGAUGGACACCGAAGGUUCCGGUGAUCUGUCUGAAACGAAGAAAUACCACUACAGAAACAGUUUUUCUGCGAUGAUGAAAGCGUGCGAAUUGUAUAUUCGUGAUGGAACGGGAGCGCCUCCCGAAGCUCUUACAUCACUGCUUGAUAGACGUCAACGAAGAUCUGAUUCUCGACUGUUCGGGCUACAGGCGAUGAAGAGCAUAUUGUCGACGCUGUCCUUCGACUCGGCUAUCCACAACGCUAUCAUUUUUUUGCGUCCUGCCAUGAGAGGUUUUACAGAAAGUGAGAAAGAGUCACGAGAGCUCAAUGACGGACAGGCCGUUGCCGAAACAUUUCGGGCUACAGUUCGCCAUCACUAUCUGAAUGGACUUGAGGGAUGUAAUCGACAAGUCAUUGAAAAGGUGCAGGAUGCAUUUCGCGAACUAUACUCCCAUUUGGUACAAUUGCUGGGGGGUAACUCAGGCUACAGUGUGUCCGAUCCGCAGGUGAAACAAUCUAUACUGUGCUCGUGGUGCUUAGAUUUCGAAGCACAGGAUCACCAAUUCUUGCUGGAUACUGGAAUCCUACUCAAAUUGCAGGACAUUUUUUCCAUCAGUUCUGUACUUCGCGAGGUUGUUGAUGAUAACAGUAUUGUGUCUGGUGAUACUACGUUGCCGCGCGACUCGUGCGAUGGGUACUCAAGCAUAAACUGGCAUCCUCUGUCCGAGAAAUUUGUUCAGCAUGGACUUGUACGAAGUGGCUACGUGACCAAGCGCGAUGUAAUUCGUCUCUUACGACGGGCUCCUCGCUACGCUUGUCCGAUCGAAUGGUGGCAAAAGAACGAUCUGGAAAGCGCGAAUGAUGUCUUAUCAACUGCCACACGUCACACUGCUUCCUCACUUUCUCUUCUUUAUGCCGAUAUGCUAGCUAAACUUCAACGGAAGCUUCAAGGUCCUGCCCUUGGUGCCCCCAUUUCUAAAGUGCUACAAAUCGGAGAUAAAGUAGCAUUGGCAACUACACAUGGUGGCCAGGUGUCUGCCACUUCAAAAUCAGACGAAGUAAGUUACGUGGAAAUGCCAGCGUUGGGUGAAGUGAAGGAUUUUACAAUCGAAAUGUGGAUAUUCCCGACUGAGCUGGUAGCGAUUCAAGCACUGCGAUGUGACAAUGGCGUUCAAACUGGCAGUGUGUAUCUAGAACUAUUUGGACGGCACUUGCAGGUGUCGAUCCCAGGUAACGUCCCGCGCGAGCAGUUAUUCAAAUCGUACCAAUUCGAGAUCUUUGUGUGGACCCAUUGCGCGGUCACGUAUGACGCAGAGAAUAGACGCUUACAACUUUUUGUGAACGGAGAUUUGUCGGAGAGAAUGGAGUACGAGCGCGUAUGCAACAGCGUGACUUUCCGCCCGUCGCGACUAGGUUGUUGGAUGAGUAGUGUCGACACACAGGGCGCUGCGCUCGCAAAUGCCUCCUCGCAACGUGGAUUCACGGGAUCGAUCGCUGAGGUUCGGAUAUGGAGGAUAUUGCGUACUCGACAGGAAAUUCAACUUGGCUUUCAGCGUAGCAUUCCUCUCGCCAGGCGUUCGAAUGAAGCAAUAAAUGCAAAGCCUCGAGCGCCUUCCAAUGAUAUGAUUGGACUGUGGCAUUUGACUGAAGGGGAAGGUAUAUGUAGCUUUGAUUGUUCGCCUGUACGAGAAGCUGAGGCCUCUGAUGCUGACGCACAGAAUCACAACUUGACAAUUUUGCACUGCCGUUGGGUUCCUGCCAUCAGUACUCUGCCAGUCUUCGCGAGCAAUAAAAUUGACGAUAUGUCGCUGGAUGAAUGGAGUUGUACGGUGAUGCGUAUUCGGUCCUUUCAGCGAAAGAUUCGAUCAUGGUUGAUAGUUCAAUUUCAUGAAUCCGUUCGUGUAGCGAAACUUGUCUGCGAGCACGAGGAACAAACUGCAAUUCAACGAUGGAACCAGUUAUCCCGGAUAGAUGGUGAUAGUGGCGAUGUUGAAGUUUCAGAUGAUGAUACAAACUGUGUGAGUCGGCAGUGUAAUGCAACGACAAGUAGUCUGCUUUCUCAAUGGGCUGCUUGUACCGACGAGCGGAUUAUUAUUCGAAAGCAUACACGAAACUGCGCAUGGAUUGUGUUCCGUUUUCUGGCAUCGACAGGCAUAAGUGGCGUUUUUGAUAGAAGAAAGGAAGAAGCUCAAGCAGUUGCUGCUGCUGCAAAAAUGAAGCGAAAGCAGCGACUUCAAAAGUCUAGUGGCCCCGGAAACGCGGCUUCGUCUGCGGUCAAUGGACUGCUCACUGAGGUUGCAAGCGAAGCGGCCAAGUCUGCAGCUACGAACAGAGAACUAGAAGAACCUGUCCUUCAAACAUUGUGGUUCUCAAAAGAGUUCCGUAGAAAAGUGUUUGAAGCUCUUGAAAAAGAGCUGAUACAAGGAAGGGAGCUUACCGAAGAAGCCGAGGGGCUCACGCGUGCUCAGCGAAUGCUUCGAUCGGCUUCAACUCCUGUUGAGAAGAGAGGUACGAGUGUUCGUCAGUACCCAAGCGACGUAGUAAGGGAUAAAUCUGGAUUCGUGGAUGUACAAUUUGCAUGCCCAAACAACUUGUCUGGAAACAGUGAACGUUUGGAGCUUCUGGAAGUGGAGAUGCACACCUUCGGGGUCUUAUUAUUCAUGCUCUCGCAAAGUCAAGAGUCUUCCACAAUCACGUAUCUAGUGCGCCCGCCGAUGCUCCGCGGUCUGCUAGAAAUGCUCCGUUUUGCGUCACCUCGGUCCCAACGUGUCGUCAAGCUACUUCUUCGCAGAAUGUGUUGUAGCGGAAAUGUCAGAUCAGACGAUGUGGGUGGUAUCCUUGGAUCCGAGUCUGUCCUGCUCGAUUUACUGCUCGAUCAAGUAGCUGAGUCGGUAUGUAGCACAGCUGCACCCUUGGCAACUCAUGCAGUCAAUGUUCCAGCGAAUUGCGCUCAGGUCGGAGGUAUGGACAAAAACGACCCGAUGGCAUUAUCUGAGUCAUUAAGCAAUCCGAUGGGGUUCCGUUCUGGUGACAUCUCCCUUGUGGCGGCCUCGGAAAGUGUGGCAUUAUUGCGGCAUCUAUUGAUGAAUAAACACUGGAAGGAAAAGGUUUCAGAGAGCUUGUGCAGCGCAAUUCACAACAUCACCCCGAUGCUAGCUAGGAAGAAGUCGGGCCCAGCGUCGAUGAUGGGUAUGAGAGGAAGCUCGAAUAUCGUCGAUAUCCGGUUUCGGACAGCGAUUGUUCGAGCUGUUGGAGCUCUUUGUGUUCUAGGUACUCAUUCUGAUUGCAUAAGGAUUGGCGGCAAAGUUGCCGUCCCCACCCUAGGUGCAAAACUUAGCGGGACCUGCAUACCAGCAGAUGGAAACGGACACUUUGUUAGUGCGACGUUGAUUGAGACGAACGUCCGUGCUUCUACCGCCCGAGUUGUUUUCCACCCUUCAUCGUCAGAGUCCGACUUUGAUCCUAGUCACAACGUUCAAGAUGUCGAUUUGUCGGCACUCUCGCCGACUGAAGAAGUAUACUUGCCUCCAUCAGCGGUACCGCUGACAACGGACAUGAUGCCGGUGAUUAUUCAGCUGUCAUCUCUGGAAAGUACAAGCCUUUUAGACGAGUGUGACAGCUUGUGGAGGUUGCAAAUUCGAUCCCGUGCGCUGUUGGCGUUGAAGACUCUAUUGCACCACUCGUUCCAGUUGACAAAAACUUUUGCCCAUGACGCGAUGACGAAGAAUCUACUUCGCUUCGCUUUGACUCCGAUAUGUCUAAACAGCUUUAUCAGUCUACCGCUCCUGCAGGAGCGAGGUCGAAUGGUUUUGUGCCGACUCAUAGAGUCCUCCACUCCACUCGGUGAAGCAAUGUUCCAUGGACUACCGGAACCUACGAUCCCUGCACUUGCCACGUAUGAAUCAGCAUCAGCAAAACUGAGCAGUAUUGAAGUGAACGAUGACCCUGCCGAAGAAGAGACCGAAGAUUAUCGUGUCCGAAGAGGUUUCGCGUCGACAUUGGCUGCUAUGGGCUUUGAAUUCGAAUUAUGCAUGUCUGCAUUGGUACACUCUCGCGAUGACCCGAAUUUGGCAGUCGAAUGGUUGAUGGGCGACGGUGCAGCGACAUACCAGGAACACCGAAAAGCACGGGGCUUAGCACAGGCAAGUCUGGCAGUUCACGAACUCACUGACGGAGCGGAUGCGUCGCUAGGUCUAACAAUUGAAGCAAAGGCGAAAGAGCUCGAAGUGAUCUCUGGGAUGCCAUACGGUCUUGCUAUAUGUGCGUUGGAGCUGUCAAACAAUAACCCCGAUCAUGCUAUGGACUGGCUAAUGGAGUACGGCAGCAUUUAUGUUGAGCAAUCUGACUCGCUUACUAUGUUGACCGACACUUUUUCUGCAGCAAGAACUGUCGUGUUGGAAGAUCAAGCGGCUAUGGAAGAGAUUGAUCAACCUGAUCUACUCGUACCGUCUUCGAAUUACCCGACCACCACGGCGGCCGGGUCUAUGAACUCAAAUCCUGCUACGCGGAGCACAGAUCAGUCUUUCACGCCGAUUGACGAUGCGAUGGCAGUAACUCUUGCUCCAAUUUUGGCCCCAGUUCCUCCAAAGUCAGACUUAGGUGUUGUGAGCGCAACAGCCUUCUUUCCGCUCAACUCUGACUAUUUGACUCCAAAUGUUCUCUUGACGGUGACCAGUGACGUUGAUCCUGUUCAGCAAUUAGCUACCAGCGGACAGACUGGUACAUACAGACGCUAUUCACCUGACGUCGGCGUGCUGUUGACUUUCUUAAACACGGAAUCAGGUGCGUACGAAGACGAAUGGAUUGCCACGCGGGACUUGCGCCGAAUUGUGAGGAUAUACGACGAGCCGUUAGAGGAUGUGAAAAGCAUACAUCGUGUGGCGAUGAGAACGGAAGGUGCUCUGUCCACUUUUUAUGCCAGACGUACAAUCGCGGCAUUGCUUUGUGCCGUUGCUCCUGUUGACGAUCCGUCUCCGAAGGCGGCAGGAAUUGCUGCUGACGAAUUGGCAGAUAAAUCACCAUUGCAGCCAUCUUCGUUUACGUGUGAGGUCAUGAAUAUUGUUGGAGGUCCACGCCAGUUCCUCAGUCUUCUCAAAAUGGCGUCUGCGGCCGAGAUGAAUUUUACAAACGCCUUACAGGAAGGUGAGCUUGGAUUACCAAACAGGAGUUGGGUACCUCAUAAAUCGGUUUCUGAUCACUCAGAGCAACGCAUCUCCUUAUUGACAAGCUUGCGGACCUUGACAUUGAGGAUGCUUCGUGAGGAAGCACGGGCUGCUGCAAAUCGAGCGCAUCUCCCAGAUGCUAGCGCCCAACGACCAAUUUGUCCCUCCCGAGCUCCUGCGAACCAUGGGGAACAAGAAAACACUUUGAUUCAAGGUGUCGUUAUGUCCGUCGGAGAAUUGCGGACACGUCGACUUCCUACAGCAACAGUAUCUGCAGACUUCGCAGAAGCACGACAUCUGGGAUGGCUGGAUGAUGAAAGUAAGUGCGAACGCGCUGUCGGUUGCAUGCAAGGACCCUGCCAGUUAUUCGAUGUCGAGGCGGAAAAAGGUGCAAGCGAUAUCGAGGAUGGCAGAGUAGAUGAUCAUGAUGCGCUGCUAUCCGAUGUACUGAUUGAAGAGUGCGUUAGUCACUUUGUCGAAUCUACUCGAAUGGCAGGAGAUGGUGAAGGCACGGUACUACCGCUCCGAGAGUUCCAAUCGUUGCAUCCAUACUUUGGUCAGUGCGACUAUGUCCGAGUCGUAAGAGUUGAAGGCGCUUGUUGCUGUCUGCGUAUUGUAUUCGAUCGUCGCUGUCGGUUGGGACCCAGGACAAGGUUGACUUUUUUUGCAGACUCAGAGUGCAAGGAGCGUAUUGGGACAGUAGACGACGCCACGACAGCUUCUGACCACCUUGUACCCGAUAUGAUUAUCCGUUCGCACCAGUUCUGGUUCCGCUUUACAGCUUCGGAGGAGCACGCCACCAACGACAAUGGCUACGGCUAUCGUUUCCAAGUAAUUCCAAUGGCGAACAAUCGCUGGACGAAAGAGUCUGAGGUGCUGACAAGCCCGUCGCUGGAGUGGGCGUGCUGGGUGUUGGAACUUUUGCUGAAUGACGCAACGGAGUUGAUAGCCCAUGGAGGUGUACACAACUGCAAGAUUUAUGGCGCACUUGUACGCUACCUGCGUUCACCAGGAGCUCCGCACAAAGGUCGUAUAGUACGCUUACUGCAACAGCUGUUGCACCACCCUGAGCUGUUUCCAGCUGAUGAAAUGCCUGAUUUGGAUGCACUGGUAUCGAUUUGUCGACUGGCAUUGACUUGUGCUGAAGUUGACAGAGCAAGAGGAAAGGUGUUUAUCUCAGCACACUUGCUCCAAAUUGUGGAAUUGUCGAUGAUGACCUCUUCCGCUUCGUUGGCCUUCAAGCGCAAGCUUACCGGCACCGAUGCAACAUCAACGCCACUUUUCAGUGCGCCUUUUGAUAUGCCAGUGCCAUUCGAGCGGAAGUGUGUGGCUGACAGUUUGAACGACGUGUCGGUGCUCACAAAGUUUUUGCUUGGACAGAUCGAGAAUCUUCCUGAACAUGUGCUGGUUGCAAUAUGGCUGGAGGUCUACGGGUCAUCCGCAGUGAUCGAAACUUCUCAUCCUUACGCCCCUGGUCGCCCGUUCAAUGGCGUACUAGCGUUUGAAGGUGCUCAAGCUCUCCGAAUGACAUUCGAUUCACGCUGCUCAUUCACGCCUAGCCGAGGUCAAAAUAAAAUACCACGACUUGAUCUAGCCAGCUUUGUGGUUACUUUACGUGACGGUGACCCAGUCAAAGAAGUUCGUCGCAAGCGAGUGUACGCAGGUGAGACAUCGUGGCAUGAGGAGGCCACAUGUUAUGACGGAGACAAUCUUGAGUACACCUUUCAUGCGGACGAAAACGAAGAAGGCCACUUUGGAUUUGCUGUGACUGUAUCUGCGUUGGGCAUUCCCAAGGAGACGCAGCUCUCUCGCGCGACUGUCGAAGACAUGGAACGCGUACUGCAGAAACUUGUUCUGCUGCAAACAGGUUCAGUUGACUUACCAAAUGAGACCUGUUGGACUGAAGCAAUGGACUCACAGUUGGUGGAUUGGGUGAACAAGUACGUGGAACCUCGAGCGUCCCUGCCAUCGUCUAGCCCCACGACGACUAGGUGCUCUGUCGAUCUGCAACCAGUGGACAUACAGCUCAGCCAAACGCAUGACGGGGUGCGGUGCUCAAAGUUGCUGGAUCUACCACUGGAGACACUGCAAUGUCGAUUCGCGUUGUUGAAGUAUCUGAACUCGAGUCUGCAACACUGCCUGCCAUUUAUUGAUUUGCGUGACACGGCAUCCCCGUGGACGGUGGCUUAUCGAUUGCGUCAGCUUAGCCACUGCAUCUUCUUUGACGUGAAAAAUGCGCUGGUGGAAGCUGCAAUCGAAGCGACAAAUAUGCCACGGGAUACCUCUGGUGGAAACGCACAGCAGCAAACGGCGCGUAUCACACUAGACAGAAUCCAAGCGCUUGAAUCGCGUGAUGACUGCGAAGUGGAGCCGUCUGUAUCUGAAUGCUUCUUCGCACAGGCAUUUCGUCAACUGCAUCAGGUAGAUCCGACAUUACUAAGACGACAAAUUGACAGCAAGGGCCGCUUGUUCAGCGUCAAAUUCCGCGGAGAGGAAGGGGUGGACUGGGGUGGCGUGUAUCGCGAGGGCGCCACGUCCAUGGUGGACGACCUGUUCUCACCAUACUUUCAUUUAUUCGUCUUGUGCCCCAAUGGCCAGCACGACACUGGCGACAAUCGAGGCAUGUAUCUGCCCAACCCCAAGUGCACGUCUCCGGUUGCGAUACAGAUGUUUGCAUUUGUCGGCCAGCUCUUAGGAAUCUCGAUGCGCACGCACGGUGACUUCCCGUUCAUGCUACCAUCACUGGUGUGGAAGCAAGUACUGGGCCAACCACCUACACGUGCUGAUCUUGAAGCAACCGAUGCUAUGUUUGUCCAGAUGCUAGACGGCAUUGCAAACUGUGAGAAAGAUGGCAUCUCUACGGAGCAAGAAUUCGCCACGGUCUUCGAUGGUCUCGAGCUGCGUUUCACAGCCUCGUCGUGCACGGGAGAAGAGAUGGAGCUUGUGCCUGGAGGCCGCCACGUUAAAGUGGAGUUCCACAAUCGAUUGGAGUAUUGUCGCCUUGCAGAACUCGCCCGUCUAGACGAAGGCAGCGCACAGGUGGCUGCCAUGGCCCGAGGCUUUGCAACGCUCUUCCCUCGUCGCGUUCUGACACUUCUAACGUGGCAGGAGCUUGAAAUACUUGCGUGUGGCUCGCCCAACAUCGACCUAGAUCUCUGGCAGAGACACACGCUCUACGACGGCUACUCCGAGGAUGACCCUACCGUGCUGCUCUUUUGGGAGAUACUUGCAGACUUCACAGACGCGCAACGUGCAGAUUUUGUGCGCUUUGCAUGGGGCCGGAGUCGGCUACCUCGCGGCAGGUGGCUCCAGCCCUUCAAAUUGUCCAAGAAAGGUGGUCGUGACGCCGUACGUAGCCUACCAGUUGCGCACACUUGUUUCUUCUCGGUCGAGCUCCCACCGUAUACAUCGCGUGAGAUGAUGCACUCCAUGCUGCUUGCUACUAUCACUUUUGGUCUUGGAGGUAUCCUGAUAGCCUAA